AUGGUUGAAGUGAUCCAACGGUUGCGGGCUCUUGUUCCCCUCAUCUCCGAAAUUUGCCAGAUUGCCGGAACGCCAGGAGUAUCGAUCGGCGUCCUACACGAGGGUGCCAUCGUGUUCACGCACAACUAUGGUUAUCGAGACGUCAAGGCUAGAUUACCUCCUAACGAAAAUACUAUCUACCACCUCGGAUCUCUCAGUAAAUCAUUUACCGCUGCUAGCCUCGGCAUUCUCGUGGACGAGGGCAAAUUAUCGUGGGGAGACAGCGUCAAGGACCUCUUACCCAAAUUUCGGCAUUUUGAUGAGACUGUUUACGAUCACGCAAAUGUGAUAGACUUUCUGUCUCACAGAACGGGUCUGGCUCCUAAGAACAGCCUGUGGCUUCAUGAGCGUGCUGGUCUAUCCUUGGCACGAAGGGAAACGUUGAACGUGGUCUCCUACUUGGAGAUCGUCGCCGAGUUUCGGUCGCAGUGGCUAUAUAAUAACUGGGGUUACGCUCUUGCUGACCUCAUCACGGAACGUCUGAGCGGACAAAGCUGGGGUGAUUUCCUCACACGCCGCAUCCUAGAACCAUUGGCUCUCAAUCGUACCAGAACUCGCCAUGACUCUGACAAAAAGAAUGUCGCCCAGGCUUACAUGGCCCUCUCUGAUGGCUCGCCCUUUCAGCUUCCAAGACCGCGAAUCGGAGAUGGUACUAUCAUGGAAGGCGCCGCUGGUGUUCAAAGCACCGUCAGCGACCUGCUCAAGUAUUCUCAAGUUCUGAUGGAGACCGCGGCCAAGGAGGAUUCGGAGCAAACAAAAAACAUUACCGGCUAUUCACCAUUCAAGCAACUUCGAGUGAUACUCAAAGGUCAUAUAGAUCUUUCCCCUGUAGUGGCAGGCAGGGAGCAGUCCUACGCACUUGGGUGGAUCCGUACGAUGCUACCUGGUCCCCUCGGCACUUGCGGCCUCAAUCCGAUGUAUGUUGAAUCAAUGCCUAUUGUCGGAAAAGGCAUCGACGAUCCUGAACUCGUGAUUCAUCAUCAAGGAAGCAUAAUUGACUUCCUUUCUUCGAUACAUCUGAUUCCGCGCACCCGUACCGCCGUGGUUGUAUUGACAAAUUCACUGGCGAGAAAUGACGCCGCUGACUGGUUAGGGCAGCUGAUUGUCGAGGCCAUCCUUGAUAAUCCGUACAAGAACGAUUAUGUGGAGCUGGCCAAACAAAGCGCUGAAACAUCUAUUGCUCUGUGGUCGCAAAUGGCUCGUAAUCUUGAGGAAGGCCGGGACCCCAACACCCCGAGAAGACCAAAUUGGGAAUACGUUGGCUCAUAUUACAACGUCGUCAAGGAUUACUAUAUCGAAGUCUUUGAGAAGGACCAAGAACUCUUCAUGUGUCAUCAGGGUGACAGGUCUCAAUCCUAUCAGCUCAAACAUUUUAGGUACGACUCGUUCUCUUGGCUCCUUACCCGAGACGAGUGCGCUCAUAGAGGUCUCUUCCCGGAAACUCAUCUCGAAUUUUAUAUACUAAGGUUUGGUUUGGAUGAGCGCGAUAACAUUGACCACGUCGUAUGGAAACAUGACCCAAGUGUGCCCGAAGGAGAAACUUUUCGUCAACUAUGCCAACAAGCUUCGAUAGUCGAGCAAAAGCAGGGUGGCAAUCAAAACGUCUUGGGACCCAAAGGUUGA